UAGAAUAGUUCCUUCAGGAUGUUCCUUCCUUUUGGCGUUGCCUGCCAUUGUGCCGCAGCUCUUUUGUCCUAUCAGCCUCCUUCCUCCGAGUGGUCAAGGCCGUCGUUGCUCACUGUAUCAGUGCUUGCAUUUUGUGUGAUUCCUCGGGAGACGUUGAUGCUGGUUUCAUGAUGGCGGGUAUGGGAAGGGGCGGGCCUGCUGUCCUUGCCAAAGCCAUUGAGUGCUUUCCUACGACCUACCUUCUCGCCUUUCGAUUUAGAUCAGGCUGGGAAUUGAUAACCAAAAAAUUGAGUAGGAAAGUUACUAUGGGUUAGAGAGAGCUAUGAUGAGGAUGGGGGCAGAGAGGGGAGGGCAGGAUGCAGGAACGCAAGACAAGCAAUUGAGUGAGCAAGCAGGGCAACAUCAAAACCAAGGAAAGGGAGGAAGGCACCAGGGCAGGGAGGAGCAAAGGAGGAAGACCAAUUUGGAAGACUGAGGAUAGCAACGAUACUGGAUGACGAUGGCGGAUGUUUGGCAAAUCGGCAAGUCAUCUAGUACCGUAAGUAUCCAUGCCCUAAGUAUCUUUAAGUAGCGUUAAGGCUUCGAGGCUUACCUGGUCACAUUUUGGGUUUCCACUCUGGCUCUCGGGUAUCUUAUGCAAUGAUCAAAGCUUUGCCUCAUUCCUAACACACUACAUGUAUGCCAUCACCGGGACGUCAAACAAGGCGACUACAUUACAUGUAAGAUAAUCCAAGUUUUAAAAGCUGACUCUACAGUGGUCGCUCAACGGUGGCAAGCAAAGGAGGGAAUGGAUGUUUUAUCUCUGGUAAUUUUCCAGGCAGUGCCAUUCCAAUCUUGUCAGAGGCAAUCCCUUCGGUAUCGCUGUGAGCAAAAACAAUGAAGAAACAAAAAAUCGAGACAACUUCAACCUUCACAAAGAGAAGUGCGUCCGUUAAUGAAGGACAGAGAUGGCAAAGAAGCAGCAGCAUCAGCCGAAAUCGUAGGAAGAAUUACAGCAGAAGAGAAUGGCACGAAAGAAGGCCAGCUGGGUUGCCUCUGUCAAGAAACGAGAAGACUCUGGCUCUGAUGAAGAGGUCCAGGUCGAGUCCGUGGGUUCAAGAAAUCCAAGUUCGCCUGUUAAAGAAGAGGAUAUAAAGGAGGAAGACGAAAUGAAAAUGGCGGUUCUUCUCAAUUACAAUCAGCAACAGAAGCGGAAAUUGGAGCAAGAAGAAACGCAUGGCACUACAAAGAAGCACGCGAUGAGACUGCCAAAAUCGGUUCCUUCCAGUGUCAAGAGCAUUGCACACUCAAGCCCCUGGCCCCCAGGCACCUUCACCUCGAAUCUCCGAAUCUAUCGACAUUGGGUCUUCGUGGGCCAUGAGAGCAACGACGAUAAAUACUCUCGAAAACCCGCUUUGUUCGCUUUGAAAAUGAAUUGUAUCUACAAGAGCAACUGGUUUCUGCCUUCUACAGACUUUCCUAUUGGAAAUGACUACGAUGCGGAACAGGCUCGUGACUUUUUCCAGAAUGAUGAGAAUUUGCGAUACGCCCGUGUCCAUGGUUUCUUCCAGGAUCUCAAGCCGGGCCAGGUAACACUCAAGUGGAACACGGACGAUACUUUCUCGACAAUGCCACAAGGGAGCAUUGUUUGCAUGGUCAUUCCAAACAAAACUGGACAGCAGGAGGCCUGUUUUGGCAUCAUUCAAAGCGGCAACACCUUUCGGAUUGAAUCCCAAGAGAGCUGCCCAGUGGAACUCACAGGAUGUGCCGAAGGGACUUUGCUCUAUCACCGCGUCCAGUGGCUCUGUUGGGCCAAGCUUCGGAGUCUCCCCGGCAAUACGGUCUGCAAGAAUGGUGCCAAAAUGGUCAAGUGGCUCGUCGAAUGUAUCCCCAAGUGCGUCGUGGAACUCAAAAACACCAACAAGGCGCAGGCAUUACAUUACCUACAGAGUGAGGAAUUCUUCGAGUGUGCCUCGACGGACUUUGGUGGGCUACUGGAAGAAGCGGAUCGAAUGCUGGAACCAUGAAAAGUUGGGCGAAUCGAGUCAGUCUUACUGUAGAGCAACAGCACAUGAGAUGUCCUCGCCGUGCCUGAGUUUCGAAUCGAAUCGGGCGUCAUGGUGUUGCUUUUCGAAAGAUCGAACGCUCAUUAGUGCGACUCGCUGCUGUUUACAGACACCAACAUUUGCUCGUCGUCGGCUGCAAGUAUUAAUACGGUACAUCAUAGUUAAUAAAACAUACCGGUAGCUAGCCAGCGCACCAAGUAGACCUCCAAGCUCCUGCACACGACGAUCCUAGAGCAGGUCCUCGACCCACGACUGCAUGAAUCUUCGAUUCGUGGUCACGACUGAAGCCGCUUCGUGAGGUCGUCUUCACCUGACCUCUUUGCUUAUUUUUUGGUCAAGUGUGCUGCUCCUCGACCAUGGCAACA